AUGAAAAAUUAUAUUUAUGAUUGUAGAAAUAAAUAUGAACAGAACAAAUCAGAUAAUUUAGAAAAUAUUGGUGAACAAGUUGUAGAUAAUUUUUCUCGAUGUGAUAAUAAUCAAAAUAAAAUAUGUAAAGUUGAAAAUAAAGAAGCAAUGAUACAAAAAAACAAAUAUGUCUAUCCAGCAAAUAGUAAAGAAAAAGAUGAUAAUAAUAAUAAUGAGAUGGAAACAAAAAAAUAUGAUGAUUGUAAUUGGAGUGUAAAGAAUAUUCGAUAUAAUAAUGAUGAUAAAAAAAAUAAAUCGAAUAAAAAUAUAUUUCGUAUUUUGUGCAAAAAAUAUACAAAAGCAAUUAUUCAUAAGCCAAGAUAUUUAAUACUUGGUUUAUUUAUAGGAUGCUUGAUGUGUAUGGUAAUGUUUUUUUGUGUUUAUAAUAAUUUUUUGCAAAAAUGUGAUGGAAAAUAUGGUAGCGAAAAUAAGAAUGGUAGUGGCUGUACAUACUCUGGUUUAUUUUCCAAACAGUUAAAUGGAAAUAAUUAUUUCAAAAUAAAUAUAGAGAAAAGUGAGGAUGUAAUAAUUAAAUCUAGUAAUAAGAUUGGUAAAAAUGUAGAUGAUUUUUUGAAAAAUUACAAAAAAGAAAAAACAGCAUCUCUACUAUUUUAUAUUGAUAAAAAUAACACAGAUAUUAGUGAAAAUAAUAAUUUAUUAAAUUAUGAAAUAUUGAAAGAUAUAUUUUUUUUAAUUGAAUAUUUUAAACAAAUUAAAAUAAAAGAUAAUAAAACAUGGAAAGAUAUAUGUAAACGAUUUGACAUACCAUUAAAUGGUUCAAAAUGUUUUGUGUUAGGUCUUUUUACUUUUCAGGAAAUACAAGCUGGAUUUUAUGAUUCUGAAAAUGAUUUAAAAAAAUAUUUUGAUAGUAUAAUUAAAAAAGAUCAUAAAUCAUUAAUGAGAUAUUUUUCUAAUAGUAUAAAAUUUAUUCCACAUUUUUUAUAUUACCCACAUAUAUUUAAUAUAAAUAAUAUAACCCUAAAUAAUAUAAUGUUAGAUAUCGGUAAAAAUGUUGAAGCACUUUUAUUUGUUUUUAAUUUUGAUGAAAUGACUGAUGAAGAUUUGUUAAAUGAAUGGUUUGUUGAAUUAAAUAAAAUUGUAGAAAUAGUAAAUUCUGGAAAAUUGAAAGAGCUAGAUAUAAAUAAUCCAGAUAAGACAAAUUUUUUAUACAAGUUGGAAAUUAAUAAUAAAUUAAAUAUAGAAAAUGAAAUAAUAGAUAAAAAAAAAAAAAAAAAAAAAUGGAAAAUUGGAGUUGUUAAUAAUAAAAUUCUUGAAGAAAAUGAAACAAUGUCUAUUAUCUCAGGUUUUAAAUCAAAUUAUUUAUUUAUAAUAUUAUCAUAUUUUUUUAUAAUAUAUUAUAUUAAUUCAUUUACAUCAAAUAUGAAUAUAAAACAAAAAAAUAUAAUUACUAUUAUAUUAAGUAUAUAUGCUUUGUCUUUAUUUUCUUUUAGUACAAGUUUUUUUUUAUAUAUGCUAUUUGGGUUAUAUAUAUUAAAAAUAUAUUUCUUAAAUUAUUUUUUGGUGUUUUUUUUGAGUUUUAUAUUUUGUUGUAUUAAUAUUUUUUAUUAUGAAAAAGAAGAAAAAAAGAAAAAUGAAGAAAUAACAAAACUUGUACAAAAAUUGUCUAAUAAGAAUACAUCAGAGGAAUGUUGUAAAAUAAAUACGAGCAAAUAUUAUUUUAGAGCUAGCUAUAAAUCAUUAAUAUUAGUUUCUAAAAUUAUUUUAGUACUUAUAAUAAUAUAUUUAAUUGGUUUAACAUGUUCAUAUAAAAUUGUUAAUAAAUUUUCUGUAAAUUCAUUAAUUAAUCUUAUUACUUUAUUUUUUUUUUAUGCCUUAUUUUUUAAUAAUAUUUUUUCAAUGAUGAUAUACAAAAGGGAAAUAAAUAUUAACAUUGAUCAAGAUAAACAUAUCGAGGGUUCUCAAAAUAAUUCAAAUAACAUUCCUAGAACAAAAGACAAUUAUAUAUCAGAAUUAGCUAGUUCAGAUGUUAAUAAUAAUUUUGUUAUUUCAAAUAUUUGUGAAAAUUCAGGUAAUAAAUCUGAAGUAACCGAGAAUACAAUAAAUGAAUUUUAUACACAUAAGGAUAAAAAAGGAACUAGAAAAUAUGUGCAAAAUUAUAUUAAUGAAAAUGUAGAAAAUUGUUCAAAAUUAAAUGAAAAUUCGAAUUCUCUAUAUCCCUCCAACUUAGUAUCAGAUUCUAUUAGAUGUGACUACAAAAUGGAUGAGAAUAAAAAAGAAAAAACCGAAGAAAAAACCGAAGAAAUGAUCAGCGAAAAAAUUGGCGAAAAAAUUGGCGAAAAAAUAGACGAAAAAAUAGACGAAAAAAUAGACGAAAAAAUAGAAGAAAAAAUAGAAGAAAAAAUAAUGCAAAUAUAUGAAAGUUUGUAUACUAAAAAAAUAAUAGGAAUUGUAGUAUUUUGUUCACUUUUAUUUAUUUCAUUAUUUUUGUAUAAGAUUAUUAAGCAUGAUAUAAUAUUUGAUCCAUAUAAAUAUAUAAACAACGAUUCUAAAUUGAAUACAUUUUUUUCUAUAUUUGAAAAAAAAGCUAAUUAUAUAUUAGAACCUGGAUACAUCGUUUUACCAUCUUAUAAUGAAUUUGAUUAUGAAGAUGAAGAAAAUAGAGAUAAAAUUAUAAACUUAAUUGAUAGACUAAAAGAUGAAGGAUGUAUUAAUGAACCUAUUAUUUCAUGGGUUCAUGGAUUCAAAUUAAGCCAAAACAUUUGUGGUAAUAUAAGCCCAUUAGAUAAACAAUAUAAUUUAGAUAAUUAUGUAAAACAGUGUAAUGAUAUUGUUACACAAAAAACGAAUAAGAAAAUGCAUUUUGAAGGUUUAAAAAAUAUUUUUUGUCAAGAUAAUGAAAAUUUAUGUACAAAUUUUUAUAACCUUAUUUAUUUUUGGAUGAACAUAAAAGAAGAUGGAAUAUAUGAUAGCCAAUUUGUUCGAAUUAGGACAGAUUUUCAGAAUAAUAAUAUGAAUAAAUUAUUACCUCAAUUUUAUACAAUAACUCCCCAUUUAUUCUAUGAAAAUUUUAUAGUGAUGGACCCAUCUCAUAACAUAACUAGUAGUAGAAUCGGAUUUAUACUUCAUAAUUAUCCAACAAAUAAAGAUAAAAACACAAAAUUAUUAAAAAAAAUAGAAAAAAUUAUAAAAAGUAGUGAUAUAAAAAAUAUAUAUUUUUACUCAGAUACAUAUGUAUUGUAUAACCAAGCUUUAAAUUUUUAUCAAGAAUAUAAAUCAAUGCUAAUAUUAUAUAUUUUAUUAAUAUUUUUAUUAGUAUAUUUAUUUAAUAUAAUGAGUAUAAUAAUAAUGUUUAAAUUUUGGUUGUGUACAAUUUUAAGUGCAUUAUAUUUUAUUCACUGUUUUUAUAUAAAUACAGAUUCGAUAGGAAUCAUAUUAUUGAUUCUAGGUUCAGCAAUAUCUAUAUCUCAUUAUUUAUAUUCAACUCUUUUUUUUAAAGAAAUAAUUGUAAAAAAUAAAAGUUUUAAGUUGCAGAUGUGGAAAUCUUUACCUUACUUUAUAUUCCUGGCAUUGUAUCAAAUAAGUUUUCGUUUUAGUGAUUAUGUUUCCAAUGUUUUUAGAUUUUUAAUUUUGAAUCAUUUAAUUUGGUUUUUAUUUUAUUGUCUUAUCAUAUUUUUUAUGCAAAAAACACACAAAAAUAGAGAACGAUACAGAUACAAUCGCCAAUCAUAA